UUGUCUCCUUGGCCUUGAUUUCUCAUGUACACACACACUGCCUCAAUUUCUGCAUAUAUAACCUAGAAGCAUGGUUACUAAGCUUAUGCCUUAUCCCAGCUAUGGGAUUCCCUUCUCUGAAUGCAGAUGGUGCAUGUUAAAAUAUAGUUCUUAAAAUUGAUUGAAAUGCUCUAACAUCAACAAUUUGAUGCUAUGUUUUUGUUUUCCCAAAUCGAUUCAAAAUAAUGUCUAUUUAACAACAAAAAUACUCCUCUCUGAAAGAGAAAAUGGAACAUUUUUGAUAGUCUCAUUGCAAGAAGCUGGUCAGAAAACACACUUCAGUUAAAUGUUAAGUUUCUGGUGAGUUGGCACUUCUCAGUAGAAAAGUUGUUUAGUUAAUAUUAACUAUCAAUUUUCCCUAGAGCAUAUAGGAAGAAUGAAUGUUGACAGUUCAAAUCUUCCUCUAGCUCUGUGUUCUUGAAACUUGAGUCUAUGAAUUAAAUACGCUGUAAUCAUCUGGCAUGCCAGCAUUGUGAAAUUAGUGAUAAACACCCAAGUAGCAAAAUCAUUGAAAUGCCAGAGCCUGGUUUUAAAGUAUGUUAAUAUUAUGCGUUUGUACAACAAUCUACACAACUGUUUUUACAGCAAUACUUUGUGCUCUCUAAGGCUUAGGUGGUUUGUUUUUCUUUUCCUAAACUAGCACAGCAAUCAGUCUUUGAUUUGCUGAGGCUGAGACACUUAAGGAGUAUUGUCAGAUCCCACCCCACCAUGUCCACCCCGUAGCCAGAAGUGCCAGGAGCCAGGCAUAGGGAUUUCUUCUAUCUCCUUGUGUUGCAAUGCGUGCUUUGGGCUUUGAGCCAAAGAAGGAAGAAAUUAAGAAAAUGAUAGCAGAUAUUGACAAAGAGGGAAGUGGCACCAUUGACUUUGAAGAUUUUUUGGCUAUGAUGACACAAAAAAUGAGCGAAAAAGAUUCGAAAGAAGAAAUCUUGAAAGCUUUCAGAUUAUUUGAUGAUGAUGGUACAGGAAAAAUUUCAUUCAAAAACUUGAAAAGAGUUGCCAAGGAGCUGGGAGAAAAUUUAACAGAUGAAGAACUUCAGGAAAUGAUUGAUGAAGCUGAUCGGGAUGGAGAUGGAGAAGUGAGUGAGCAAGAAUUUUUGAGAAUUAUGAAGAAAACUAGCUUAUAUUAAUAUUUGUUGCCUUGUUGUACAGCUGCUCCAAAAGAUAACCUAGAAAAGACUUAAAAACUGGGCUUGUACCUCCUGCAUAUUUUCUGCCAUGUAAAGUCUGAAAGGACAGAUUUUUGGUUCAUUCUUUUUCAGCAGUUAACUGGGGAAGGGGAGCUGCAAUACCCAAAAUCGCUAAAAUGCGAUACUGCAGGAGUGAAAAGGAAGGAUGAACUGAACCUGCAAGGCAGCGUCCCUUCUCCUCCCCUCCUCCACAAUUUCGCUGAUUGCCAUUUUACGUAAAGAACGCUGUAUUUCAACUAUGUAACUGAAAGACAUUUCACUUGAUGUGGAGAUACCCGCUGCUGCUGGGAAAGGCCACUUUUGACUUUAUAAAGGCUACACAAUGAAGGUGCGAGCACAGUUUUUAUAUUCCUUUUAAGGCUUUUGGGUUAUCUUUUGAUAUUUGUCUCCUUUAUUUCCAUGAAAGACUCUAAAACCACCUGUGUAUCUGUCCAUUUCUGUAUGAAACACUGUUUUCCAAUGGCAAGUUGGUUUUGGACCUUAUGGGAAGCAACUGUAGAUAACCAGAUUUGGUUCUUCAUUUGGAGUUGUGUAGAUGUUCUUCUGGUUUAUUUGAGUGUAACCUGUUUGGAUUAUCAAAGUUUAUUGUAUAACCAGUCAGCAGUUUGUUCAGUAAACCGCUGUUAUGACAGUGUUUUAGGUACCUAAAAAGUUCAGUUCUAUGUUGCACUAGGGUAAACUUUGGCUGUUUACAGUCAAGUUGCAGGGACGACUCACACUUGAAGCGAAAAAACAGCUCACCUUUGGACAUCUGUGGAACACUGAAUAUAUUAACAUCCUUGCAAUCCAGUUUUAUUUCACACAUCAUAGGUUUGUUUUUUUAUGAAUUUUCCUGACUGUUUCUUGCAUAUACUGUCAGUCUAGGACUUAGUGGAGGGACACAUUUUCUUCUGUAUUAUGGUGGCAGAGCAGUAACACACACCACACCCCAUUAUGUGGUUCUGCAGGAGGCUUUAUCCUUGGGUCCCAAUUAGACAAUCAGCUUCAAAACUGCAAGGAAAUGGUAUAACCCUAAAUCACGCCUCUCUAAUAAGGUGCCUGAAGGAGAGUUUACUUCUCACAGUGACGUGGCAAGUAGGUAACCAAAUGUCAGGAGGGUUUAAUGGGAAGAGGAGGGAAAGAACAGUAUUUUGCUAGCAUCUGUGCAGAUCCCUCUUCUUCAAACAGCCUUUGCGGCUUGACAGUGCUAAGGAGGUUUGUAGAAGAGAGGAAGAGCCAACUCCUGGAUUUGCUUCUCAUUACAGCUGCUUCAGCUCUCAUCAGCUGUAAGGGCCCAUCAGGGGGAGAAUUAGUUUUGGGAGUGGAAAGGGGAAGUUUAUUCAUUUAUGUAUCUUCUUAGCAUGCAGAUGCAGACCUGGCAUGUUCUGCCUCAGUCUUCUGAGUUUUGUACUCAACAACUCCAAAUAGACCAUUUCUAACCUCUACAGAACUAGGCAUACACUUGGUGGAUUGGGUUGGACUCUGGAAAACUCAGAAAUGCAAAGUCCCCUGUUAACACAUUCAGUGGUAGUAGAUGUAACCUGUAAUACUGUGUUUUUAAAUGUCUAUUAAUUUUGUAUAAGUGUGAAAUAAAACUGUUUUGCAAGUUAA